GUUAAUUUGAAAUCCGGCAAAGAAGUGGGAAACAAACAAAAAAUUUCUGCUAACCGCGAUACAGCAGCAUGCGCCAGAUCAAUCUUCACGAGGCAACUGCGCCCGUUCUUUGAAUCUAUGCUGAUUACCGUUCGUUGUUCUCAUAGGAGAAGCCAUUUCUUGGAGGAAAAUUGGGGGGACGAAGAAUGGUGAAUAGUUCCAAGGGAGAGUCGGCCAGCGACACCGAUAAUUCCUCCGGCGACGCCACGGCCUCCGCCACGAAGAGCACGUACACCGAAGGGGAGCGGGUUCUUGCAUUUCAUGGGCCUCGUAUCUACGAAGCCAAGGUUCAAAAAACAGAAUUCCGGAAGAAUGAAUGGAGAUAUUUUCUUCACUACCUCGGUUGGAAUAAAAAUUGGGAUGAAUGGGUAGGCAUGGAUCGCUUGAUGAAACUUACUGAAGAGAAUAUUUCGAAGCAACAGGACCUUGAAAAGAAAGCUGGCUUGGACAAAGGUACUAAAUCUGGACGCUCAGCACAAACAAAAUCUAAAAGUUCCACAGAUGCCAAAGUGGAUAAAGAAGAAGCAAAGAAUACAGCUGCAAAGGGGAAAAAACGGAAGGGUGAUUCAACUUUUGAGGUCAAUCCAGCAGCAGAGAAACUCAUCAAGAUCCACAUUCCACCGAAUCUGAAGAAGCGAUUAGUUGAUGAUUGGGAGUUUAUCACUCAGCAGAACAAGCUCGUGAAACUCCCAAGAUCUCCAAAUGUUGAUGAUAUACUGGCAAAAUAUCUUGAACAUCGGUCAAAGAAGGGCAUGAUGGCGGAUUCAAUUAAAGAAAUUUUGAACGGGUUAAGAAGUUAUUUUGACAAAGCAUUACCAGUCAAUCUUUUGUACAAAAAAGAGCGCCAACAGUAUCGGGAGGCAGUGUCAGAUAAUGUGUCUCCAUCCACAGUCUAUGGAGCCGAACAUUUGUUGCGCCUCUUUGUGAAGUUGCCAGAGUUGUUGGCAUACAUGAAAAUUGAAGAGGAGACUUUGAUUCGUUUGCAACAGAAAUUGAUCGAAUUUCUCAAGUUUCUGCAAAGUAAUGAUAGCACUUUCUUCCUUGCUGCUUAUGAUGGCCCAAAAGUAACUGAAGCAAGCGGCUAGGGGAAACACCAUUAACACAACAACCAACACAUCCCUGUUGUACCUGUAGCUUUGAUAUUCUCUUGGCCAAAACAUUUGAUACGGUUGCUGCAAUAGUCCAUGUUGUUAUUUUCAGGCAUUCAUUUGUUGUUUGCAAUGAUAGAUAUUUCAGUCCCUGAUUCUUCAAAAUCUAAAUGUUCUAGUGUUUUCAA